AUGACCGUAGCCAUGAUCCAUGGCCCUCGUUCGAAGGUCCCAACGGCACUGGAAAGCUUCCUUGACUACAUCUUCAAGUGUUGUCAUGUCCCUUGUGUCAAAGGGACGGCGAGACCGGAACACUCGCCCGUACGAAUCACUGUUUCCGCAAACAGGAGACUCAUUCUGUCCGAGGAGCAGCAGGAGGAGGGGGAGGAAAACGGCAGCGACGUUGUCGAGAUGACGGCUGUCGUUGAUCCCCACGCAGAUACCUCCGGGCCAGCCCGCGCCCACAACAUUAUUCGCGCCCAUGACCUUGGACGCCUUGCGAGCUGUGUCAAGUGGUUCGACGACGUCGUUGUCGUAGAUGGGUUAAAGGUUCGUGGUGAGAUCGUGCUCAAGUGUCGUCCUGGGUCGGCAUCUUCCGUCGGUGCCGGCAAAAGCCCAGUGCGUACAAUGUGGGAGUGGAAGUUCUUGGUGGUGGAGGGGGAGGAAGGCGCUGGGAAAGAGAGUCCUGAAGAGGUGCCGAUGACGCUUUCUUCGGACGCAUUGCAAAAGAUAUUUGACGAAGGUGGCUGGCAACAGCAAGCAAGGCCUGCCGUUGAAUCGAGAAAGAGCAAUGGGUGCGUCCCGAAGUAUGGUGAGUUGUCGAAAGAAACUUGGGAGGACCGUGAAAGGAGAGCAAGACGGGAAGAUGAAGAGAUCGCAAGGAGGGAAAAAGAGAAGCGCAAAGUGAAGGCAUCGCAGAACGGUCCGCAGGAGGGGAGCAGCGGGUCCAAGAAGAACGGAGAUGAGGAAGACAAGAAAAGUAACAAGUCCACCGACCAGAAGAAGAAAACUGAUGCUUCAGGGAGAGAGGGUGACAGUGACAAGGAAAACAAUAAUGAAGAGGCCGGUCAGGGAAGGACGUAG